AUGGCCUCUACCGACCCCGGCACGGCCGCCGCCCUGAUCCCGAGCCUCUUCCCGGAGCGCAAGCCGAUGACGCCGGAGCAGAUCGCAGCAGGCGUGCAGGCAGCACUGACGGUGCAGCGCCGGGCCGUGACGUUCGGCAAGCGACCGUUCGCCGGCGCGCUGGUGGGACCGGACAACGAGACGGUACUACUCACACACCAGUCGAUCGACCAGGUGAACCAUGCCGAGAGCUCGCUUGCUCGGCUGGCGUAUUCACAUUAUACGAAGGAGUUCCUCUGGCAGUGUACCCUGUUCAGCACGUGGGAGCCGUGCGGCAUGUGCACGGCCACAAUCUACCCGCAGCGUCGUACGGCCCCCAACCGGUCGGGCCCUGGUUCCUGGGCGCAUAUCGGACGGAUCGUGUUCGCGGGCAGCAACGAUCAACUGUACGAAUUGACCGGCCCGGGUAACAAGGAGAAUUUCACCAUGGAUUGGCACACCAAGGACUUCCUGAAGGGGUGCCCGCAGAAGGAUGUCGAGGUCAUCGGGCCACUGGAGGCGGAGGGUAAGGUGGUGAUGGAGGAGAGUGACAAGUACUGGAGCAAGACGAGGAUUGCGAGUCGAUGA